CCAUCAUAUAUGCAUAAUAAGAACCAAGAAAGUAUUCAACCAAUAUAUCCAAGUAUCAAGGAAUAAAGUUAUGAAACAAGUAGAAAAACAGGAUGAAAAGAUUUAAAACUUAAAAGAAGCCUUUCAUUGUGCGAUGAUUCCCAAAAAGUCACCAUUUACGAGAAGAUCCGAUGGAAAAACCUGGUGCACGGGCCCGCGCCUGGGGCGCCCGCCUCAGUUUUCCUGGACACUGGCCAAUCAGCGUGCGCGCAUUACUAACCAUCGGCUGCCGCCACUCGACCGGGACAAUUGUGUCAAACUUUAUCGAUUCCAUCAGUCGCGUGUGAUUGGCCAGCGAUGCUUUUGAUUACACGGCAGGUGCCGUCGACUACUUGUACUUAAUCCACUCUUAAGCGAAACUCGAU